AUGAAUAAUCAAACUAACUAUUAUUUUAAUUAUCACAAUUAUCCUCAACAACAAUACUUUCAACAAAAUAAAGGUUAUAUAAAGGACCCUCGAUAUUAUUAUAGCCAACAACAAUUACAGCAACAACAACAACAACAACAGAUGGCAAAUAACUAUACACAACCAGAUAUUAGUGGACCACCAGAAAUCUCAGAGUUUGAAAUUCAAACUGAAUCGAUUUUGGGAGAUGGUAGUUUUGGUACUGUCUACAAGGGACGUUGUCGUCAAAAGGAUGUAGCUGUCAAGGUCAUGUUGAAGCAAGUCGACGAAAAGACUCUCAAAGACUUUAGAAAGGAAGUUGCUAUUAUGAGUAAAAUCUUCCAUCCAAAUAUCGUACUUUUCUUAGGUGCCUGUACCUCUUUGCCAGGUAAAUUGAUGAUUUGUACAGAGUUGAUGAAGGGUAAUUUAGAAACAUUGCUUUUAGAUCCAAAUAUUAAAUUGCCAUUGAUCACACGUAUGAAGAUGGCCAAAGAUGCAGCAUUGGGUGUACUUUGGUUGCAUAGUUCAAAUCCAGUUUUCAUUCACAGAGAUUUAAAGACAUCCAAUCUUUUGGUUGAUUCAAACUUAACACUUAAAGUAUGUGACUUUGGUCUGUCACAAAUUAAACAAAGAGGUGAGAAUUUAAAGGAUGGUCAAGACGGUGCUAAAGGUACACCAUUGUGGAUGGCACCAGAAGUAUUGCAAGGUAAACUAUUUAAUGAAAAGGCAGAUGUAUAUAGUUUUGGAUUGGUGCUAUGGCAGAUCUACACCAGACAAGAGUUGUUCCCAGAGUUUGAUAACUUUUAUAAAUUUGUUGCAGCAAUCUGCGAGAAGGUAGUCCGUCCACCCAUCCCCGACGACUGCCCAAGAGCAUUGAAGCAAUUGAUUAUGAAGUGCUGGGACCCAUCGCCAGAGGUGCGUCCAGGCUUCAGUGAGAUCGUCUCCACUCUCGAAGGUAUCAUCAUCGAUCUCUCGAUCCCCGACGAGUAUGGUGCCAUCAUGUGGAAGAAUCAUUUUAAACACGUCGACGAGGCAACCUGGAAGGAUUUCCUCAAUGUAUUUGCAAACUUUGUCGGACUCACCAACGCUUCCACACCAAGCAUGUCCGAUCUCCUACAGUUCUCUCCCAACCUCAACGGUUCUACAAUCGAACUCAACUUUAAGUGUCUGAAAGCAAUCAUUGUAAGUCCGCCAAAGGGUGUCGGUGGUCAAGAGGAAGAGGUUGUCAACAUGGAGCAAUUCGGUAAGGUUUUGGCUUGGUUCGGUAAUCUCAAAGAUGAUGGUUCCCAAAUUUUAGAUAAAAUAAGACAAUUGAUGGAGUGUGCAUGGUUCCAUGGUGAUAUUUCAACUUCAGAGAGUGAAAAUAGAUUACACAAGAAGCCAGAAGGUACAUUUUUGGUGCGUUUCUCAACAAGUGAGCCAGGUGCCUACACCAUCUCAAAGGUUUCAAAGAACGGUGUCAUUUCUCAUCAGAGAAUUCAUAGACCAGGUGGUAAAUUCCAAGUCAACAAUAGUAAAUAUCUCAGUGUUAAAGAUUUGAUUUCAGGUGAAGCUCAAGCUUUGGGUAUCGCCACUCCAUGUCUCGGUUCAAGAUUCCUUUCAUUAAUUUAUAAAUCACAAAUUUCUGGAUACAUUAAUUAA